CUCCAUCGAGCAGGGCGUCACCUCCACAUGUGCGGCUGCGGCACUGCUUUGAAUUUCUUCCCACAUCUUGCCCAAUAAUCCAAGCUACAAGCCUGUUGCCUGUUUUUCUUCUACAACAACCGGCGUUGGACUCUUAAACGACACACCAGACUCUCUCGUUCCGGUUUGGUUCUCAGAUCCGCAAGUCGAUUCAUCAGGGGCGGGCUGCAUCAACACCACCCACAAUGCGGUCCACGGCACUCUUCCCUGGCCUCCUCUUCGGAAGAGGCAUGUGCUAUGUUGUCGACAGCGAGGACCAAAUUCGGCUUGGUUCUAAUGCAGUUACAGAGUUGUACAGCCCUCAGGAACUUGGACCCUCGUACCCAAAGGCCGAUGUGCCUCCCCCUCCCCCGCCGGAACCCAUCACCGUGACAGAGCUCCCGUUGCCUCCGGUCACUGCGGACGAGAAUGUCGGCGGCUGCACCCAGGAGAUCAACCCUCGUGGAACGGGGUGCAUCGGCGUAUCGCCCACUCUCCAGAACGGAGACUUCCUACCCGACGACCUCCACGUCAUCGCCUCAGUGAACUUCACCGGCGCCCCUGCCGCCCCGGACCCGGCCAGCAUAUACAGCGGGCUGCAAUUGAUCAUCGUCAAGACCGACGGUACCACCUUUCCCAACGGAGACCCGUGGAAGUGCGUCACCUGCGGCGUCCCGGAAGAGAACCAACUCAGACGGACCGACCAGCUCGACUACCCCCAGGCUUUCGGCGACGGCAAACGCGUGCUGGCCGGUCCGCACAUCAUUGAGUGCUCCUCUAACCUUGCGAGCGAGACCUGCACGCCGGAUCGAGUCCGCGUCUACCCGAUUCGCUGGAACACGGCCGCGGACGGCUCGGGCCCGGGAGGACCCAUCAGGGAACUACGGAUCCAUCCGGGCAACGAGCACCUUGGCUUCAGCUCCUUCACGUUCGAUUCCGGCAAGGUUGGCCAGUUUUCAUACAUUGGAAGGCUGGCCUUCAACCCGUCGCCCACCACCGGCGAGCCGAUUGUUCCUCGUUAUGACCUGGAAAACGUCAACAUUUUGCUGGAGCCGAAUGGCAAGGCCCCAAUCGAUGUCGACGAGGCAGACGACACUCAGCUCCGGAUCAACUACGAUGCCAUCACCGUCGGUGAGCUGCGCGGCUUCAGUGGGUCGGGGAAAGAAGUCACGUACAUCGGGUACCCGGCCGAGUCAUCCAACAUGGACGUCUUCGCCAUCCAUCUCGCCACCGGGAACAUACGCCGGCUGACAGCCCACCCGGAGUACGUCGACCCCGUCGACAUCUCGCCCGACGACCAGUGGACGGUCGCCAUGGACACCCGCGGCACAGGCAGACAAAUGUUCAUGGCCGGCCUGCGGGGCAUACCGCCCCUGACGGACCUGUUGACCGCCAGCGCCGUCUCGUCGGCGAGGAACAACGGCAAGCGUCGCUUCUUCCAACCGUGGCUGAUCGACGCCCACGGCGACCGCGGCUCCUACAUCGGACAGCAGAUCAACGCGGAGGGCAGCGGCGUCCCCGGCAGCGGCGCCAUCAACGACCCCGAGUGGAACGGCCGCGCCGACCCAAAGUGGUCCAACGACGGGACGCGUAUCGUGUAUUAUCAGGCGCUGACGACGUCCCCGGACUGCGGCGGGGAGAACCCCUUGCCCUGUUAUCCGUCCACGGCACCGGGCAGCCGCACCGAGCGCAUGAUGCUUGCCCACCUGACGAGCCGGAAGCCCGUGUCGCGGGCCCCUGUCGAGCCUCUCGAGGACACCAUACCCUGGGCGACCCCGUACGUUCCUGGCAGCCAAGUCCCAGUGAGGUCGUUUUCUACCUUUGGGGACUUCACGCUCAAGGGCAAGGUCGGCGGCUGGGCGAACGUCACCAUCACCCCGGGCGUCGAGGACGGGCGUCCGAGGACUGUCGCCGUCAGGUACCACGACUUCUCCGAUGAUGGGGUCAACGUGCUCGUGGGAACGGAAACGGUGACGGUGACGAACCCGACGCCGACGCUGGAGAGCGUCGACUGGUUCUCCGACCUCGUUCAGACGGGGCCGAACAACGGCACCAAGAGGACGAGCGUGGACGGCUUCCAUCUGGAUAUCGACAUCAUGAAGAACAUCUUCCGGGCCAGUGGGACGCUGGUCACGACCAUCAACGGCGAGAAAUGGGUGCAGCCGGCGAAUUGCACGUAGACGGGGCGUAGGGGGGCACAAGGGGUUACUAUGUUGGGUCCCAGGAUGGCGUGUUGGUUCCGGGCUUCGAGGAAGAAACGACUUUUGACCGAUCAGUAUUUGAUGAAUCAUCCAUAAAAAAAAAACCGCCCCAAAUCAAUCAAAAGCAUUAUUGUGCCUCUCUGUCGCUCCUCAGGUGUAGCCAGAUCAACUACCCCCUUCUACAUAUCCUGCAAGGCAUCUAUCUAUAUAGGGGGAAAACCUGCUCACCAUUCGACGAAUCAGUGGCGGCUGUUGUUAGGCGGUCAUGUCGUUCGCAUGCGGUGCCCUCAUCCAUGGAUCGUGUAGGUGAUC